UUUAGGGUUGCGGUUGUUUUCAUCGUCGUCUUCGUCGUGGACCAUGCGGGUGCACGAAUGUCGGAGAUCCUGAUUCGAGAAUUGCGAGUUCAACUCUGAGUUGAGACGGAGUCGAAGACGAAGAAGACGCAGGGAGGGGGUUUAGGGUUUAGCGGUCUCUGGCUGAGUUUCUCUCGGAGUCGUCGACGCUGGCUGGCUGAUUCCCUGCCUGCCUGCCUGCCUCGAUCGCAAUCAAUUGAUCAGCGCGGCGGAACCCGUUGCAUUACAAGUGCAUCACCAUGAAGCACCGUCAUUCCAUGCGCAAGCUGGGUCGGACAUCUGCCCACCGAUGGGCGCUGCUUAGGAAUCUCGUGUCGCAGCUUGUGCAGCAUGAGCGAAUCGAGACCACUGUUCCUAAGGCGAAAGAGUUGAGGAGAGUAGCAGAUAAUAUGGUACAACUUGGAAAAGAGGGCACUUUAGCUGCGCGACGAAGAGCUGCCGCGGUUAUCCACGGAGAUGAAAACCUGCACAAGGUCUUUUCAGAACUAGCUUUUCGUUACAAAGAUAGAGCAGGCGGGUACACUCGAGUGCUGGCUACGCGGUCUAGGCAAGGAGACGCAGCUCCUAUGGCUUACAUAGAGUUUGUUGAUCGACCGAAUGAACUUCGGGAAUCUAAGCCACCAGUUACACCACCUGCCCCAAGGGUCCCUUUACCUCCGUGGCUACAAGCCCGCCAUGCUCGCUGUUUUGCUCCUGCGGACUCCGGUCUAUAGGCUCUCGAAUAUCAACUGCAAAGCUAAUGGAAAUAACGAAUUAAAUGAAGAGGUUAGGCGUCUAUUGCGGAAAGAGUAAAGCAUUUGGCGACCCAGACGCCUGGGCAUUCUGAUAGUCUAGUUUCUGUAGGCCCUCGACUUGCCCUACUAGAUAAUACGACAUUCAACAUCUUGUUCCACCAAUGUGAGUGAGUGAACUCGCAAAUUACAUGAAAACGACUUGUCUGAAAAAUUUGACCAGGAAUCGAGUAUUUAUAUAUCCUUGUGAGAUUUAGUAGCCUAACUUUCAGUAGGAUAAUCCCUUGUAGACUUAUAAAUCUUAACUUCAACGUUUUGGCUUCA